UCUAUGGUCGAGGAUUAACAAUUUAUUGAUUUUAUUGAGGCAGAUAUAAUAACAAUAUUGUUUUUAGUUUCGGUCUAUCGCUUUUGUUCUACCAAUAGAUAGUAUCUAAAUUGCAAUUAGAAGUUGGAAAAGAAGAGCUAUAUAGUUACAAAAAAGACAAGUGCUUUGGAUUUGAUUAUUUAAAUAAACGCGUCUUCAAUAUGGGGAAAGGUGGAAAGAAAAAAAAUAAAAAUGUUGAGAAAGAUAAUGUGGGGUCUGGUUCAGCAUCUGAAAGUCAACCAUCAACAUCUCAAGCACCUGUUGCAGAAGUGGAAAAGUUGAAUAUAUCUGAUAAACCUGCGCCUAGUGAACCGAAAGAAGAAGAAUAUUUUGGUUUAGGUAUAGAGGGAUCUAGUAAAAAACGUCCUCGUAAAAAGAAGAAAGAGGAUACCUCUGACCAAUCUGCUCGGCAAAUAACUGGACUUACUGCAGAAGGUCCUUCAGAAGCCUUUCCCAAACUUUCUGCUGGGUUAGGUCGUGGCAGAGGAACUACUUGGACUCGUCCACAAAUGGUUCCACAGGCACAAGUUGUCCCUAUUCAACCUAUUCACCAUCAAAUACCUAUGCAACCUCAAGCACCACCAUCGACUUUUUGGGGUACGCCUCAACCUUGUGUUUUACAACAACAGCAACAACUACAACAACAGCAACAACUACAGCAACAGCAACAACUACAGCAACAACAACAACAACAGCAACAACAACAGCAACAACCACAGCAACAACUACAGCAACGACCACAGCAACAACAACAGCAACGACCACAGCAACAACUACAGCAACGACCACAGCAACAACAACAGCAACGACCACAGCAACAACAAACACAAUCUUACUCGGCAACGGAAACAGUACCACAAUCGUCAACAUUUUCUCAACCACAAUCAUCUCGUGUAGGAAGUAGUAUAGGAAGAGGACGUGAUAGUUCAGAAAAAAUGGUUUCAGUUGGAAGCAAACCAUCUGAGAAUCCAAGCCGAUUUAAAAUACCAACAAAAUGCACAGGUGGUAUUGUUAAUAGACAAUCAAGACCAGUCAAGUUAAUUACGAAUUACUUGGAGAUGAAAAUUAAGCCUCUUAAAAUAUAUCGUUACGACGUUUCUAUUAAGCCAGAGAAACCAAAAAAGUUAGUGCCAAAGGCUUUCAUAGCAGUAAAAAAAUUAAAAUUUCCAAAUCAUGUAGUUGCAUUCGAUCAAAGGAAAAAUUGUUACUCAUUAUCACGUCUUUGGAAUACAUCAGAUGAACGUGUGAACGUAAACGUGGAACUCUUUGAUGACAAUAAAGUAAAAAUGAAUUUCGAUGUGACCAUAAAAGCGACUGGCGUUGUGGAUAUUAACACAAUUUUACAGCACAUGAAGAAUGGAGAAUCUUCGUUGAACCCACCAACGGAAGCUAUUCAAGCCAUCGAUGUAAUUUUACAGCAAGGAACGUUGGAAAGCUAUGUGAAGGUGGGGAGGCAGUAUUUCAUGCGGCCGAAGAAUCCGAUUGAUUUGUUCUAUGGUAUGGAGAUGUGGACGGGUCUGUUUCAGUCUGCGAUAUUUACUUCGCGUGCAUUCAUUAAUAUUGAUGUUGCACAUAAAGCUUUUCCGAGAAAUCAAUCUUUGAUUAACGCUUUAAUCAAUGAUUUUCGUUUGGAUCCAAAGAAACCAUUGAACCACCAAAGGGGUUUCGAUUAUUUUGAACAAUUUAUUAAGGGAUUGAGGGUUGUAGCGAGAAUCGGAGGCGGUGAGAAAAUCCGAGAAUACAUAUGCAACGGGUUAGUUGAUCCAGCGAACCGGCUCACCUUCUCUAUUGAUAGUUCAGGAAGACCGAAGACACUUACAGUUGAGAAAUACUUUGAAAUUGACAAGAAAUACAGAUUACGCUACCCCUACCUGAAUUGUAUGUGGGUGGGACCGAAGGAUAAAAACAUUUAUUAUCCUUUGGAGCUAUUGGAUAUCUCCUACGGCCAGUCGAUUAAUAAGCAGCUCAACGAAAAGCAGCUCCAGACGAUGGUCCGUGAAGCGGCAACUCCGCCCAACGAGCGCUUGAUGAAAAUCAAAGAAGUCAUUCGUAACAUGAAUUACUCGGCGAAUGCCAGCUUCAAACAUUUCCAGUUAGAGGUAUCGGACAAAUUCUUCCAAGUUGACGCUAAGGUAUUGCAAGCGCCUAGAUUGGACAUCGGAGCUGGAAGACCUGUUGAUCCCAGAAAAGGCGUAUGGCAAGCCAAUCGUUUCUUGAAGGCCAGCUCGCUAGAAACAUGGGGCUUAAUUACUAUCGAAGCAGACCCUAUAGUAUGUCAGUGCCAAAACUUCAUAGAUAUGGUAAAACGAGUCGGUAUUCAAAUGGGUAUGCCCGUUCGUGAUCCCUUAAUGACAAAUUUCAACGUGAGAAUGAACGAGAUUCAUAAGAUAUUAAUAACAGCUUAUGAAAAGAGAAUAAAUAUUUUAUUCGUUAUCGUCCCGGUGAAGUUUAGAGAUGCCUACGAAAAGGUGAAACGUAUGGCGGAACUCGAAGUGGGCAUCCUAACACAAUGCAUCAAAGAUUUAACGGCGUCCCGUCGUAUGAGCGAACAAACAGUGCGGAAUAUACUGUUAAAGGUAAAUUCUAAGCUCAUGGGAAUCAAUCAAGGCUUAGAAUCGCGAUCUGUACCCGAAUGCAUCAAGAAGGGAGGAGUCAUGAUGGUCGGCGCUGACGUCACACACCCUCCCCCUGAUCAGAAAACCAUCCCAAGCAUUGCUGCUGUGAGCGCUUCGAUUGAUCCCAAAUGUUUUCAGUACAAUAUCGAAUUAAGCAUGCAGGCUCCAAAAGAAGAAAUUAUUGUGGACUUUGAAGAAAUGAUAUUUGACCAUUUGCAAACGUACAGAAAACGGCAGAACAUGUUACCACGCAAGAUAUAUGUGUUCCGUGAUGGUGUAUCCGAGGGACAAUUCUCUCAAGUGAUGAGGAGUGAGCUGGUGGCUAUACAGAAUGCUUAUUACCGAUUGGAUCAACAAGUUAAGCCGGAAAUAUUAUUCUUACUCGUACAAAAGAGACAUCACACGCGGUUCUUCUUGGGAGAAAAUAAUCCACAAAACGUGGAGCCCGGUACUGUGGUCGACAGCGACAUCGUGCACCCGCGCGAGUUGGACUUUUACAUGGUGUCGCACCACGCGCUGAAGGGCACGGCGCGGCCGACGCGCUACCACGUGAUCUGCAACGACGGCAACAUCCCGUCGGACGAGGUGGAGCAGCUGGCGUACUACCUGUGCCACCUGUACGCGCGCUGCUCGCGCUCCGUGUCGUACCCGGCGCCCACGUACUACGCGCACCUGGCGUGCCUGCGCGCGCGCACGCUCACCAGCGGAGAUCGAAUCAACAACUCUGAUUUAGAAAAGCAGCCUAAGCGACUUCGCGUACUGGACAGGAUGCUGGAACACAGCCGCAUGUUCUUCGUUUAAUUCGAACAGAACGGAGCUCUCCGAGGGGAUUAUUAAUUGGAUGUCAUAGAAUGUAACUUCGUAAUAGUAACGAUGUAUGUAGUUUUAUAAAGUUCUUUAUUUAACCGUAUUUGAGCCGUUUUUUCUUGUGGUCUUUGAAGCUAUUUAAUUUAUAUUGUGAUAUUUUUUUUAUUCAAUAUUAGGAUGAAAAUCUAAUUAAUAUUGAAAAAGUUUGAUAAACUAAGUUAUUUUUCAAAAUUUCAUUUUUUUUUUAAAAAAAUAAGUUUAAUCGAAAACAUACAUAUUUAAUCCAUCAUUUACCUUAUUUUUUAAAUAUCUUUAUUAAAAUUGUGUUUAACUUAAUUGAUGCGUAACAUUUAAACUCUCAGUAUACGAGCUUUGCUAGACCAAAUUGUAUGUGAUUGUUAUACAUAGAUACUCCAUAAAAACAUAGAUAUUGUGACUAUUUAUUCAAUUACCGAUAUAAAAAAUAGUAUUAGACUAACCACAGGCGCCAUGCGUGUAUUGUCAUCACACUAAAGUCUAGCAAUUGGGCUGGUUUGAGUAAGGCGAUUAAGCGGAUACACGGAUUUAAGCGAUAACACGCUACUUUUAACGCAAUUACUAUCCAUACCAUCCGCGCAUUUAAAAACGUAAAUACAACUUUAAAUUUGUGCACUGUGCUGACUGAAAUAUCACAAAUCCUAUUUUGCUACACCGAAAUGCAUGCAUAAUACUGCUCGUUACCGAGAUUAAAUGUUUCACAUAAAUAGCGACUACAAUACGACUCAUACUAUUUAUCACAUUAAUAUGUAAUGUUUAUUUUUCUAUUAUAAGUUGGUAGAAUUAAGUAAAAAAUAAAAUUAGUCUCUUUAUUAAUAUAAAAAUAAAGACUUGGCGGUAAUAUUUUAUGAUGCUUGAUUUUUUAACUGGGCAGGAUAAGGAAAUCCGGAACCAUAGUAUAACGGCUUAGCCUAAAAAGAGGCUGGAUUCUCAUAUUAUAUUCUCAUUAUUUUUUUCUAAAUUAUUAAAUGUAUUUAUAACACUUGUCUUAGGGAAUUAAAACAUGCAUUAAAGUGUAUUUUAUUAAAAAAAAUGAAUAAAAAAAAUUUAGUAUUUACCAAAUUUAUUUGAAAAUUUAUCGAUGUAGUGAUAUUGAAAGACGACAAAGAAAAUUUGUUUUGUAAUCCAAAAUUGUAAAGGAAAUUCGAUUUUGUAAAUAUAUACAAAAAAUGUACCUAUUGAAGCACUCAAAAAAAAAAACAAUUCUAUAGCCUAUUCCAUUCACAAGAGGAGUAAAAGGUAAAUAAACAGUAACUUUGACAUCGAAUUGACGCGAUAUCAUUAGUCGUGAUCUUGAAUAAUCUAUGAUAUUUACUAUGGAUUCGUGAGAAAAUGGCGUUUCUAAUGUCUUGUAUUAUAAAUAAAGGUAAACCCUUUAACCGCCUAGGUCGAAUUAAUCCGACAAAUAUUUUCGGGCCCAUUUCGCCUGAGUCGUAUAUUUACGACCAAAAUAACACUGAUCGUUUUAUCAGCUUUUUUAUUUAAUUACGCUGUAUUCUAUCAAAAAUAUGUUUACAUUAGGUAAAUAGUUAACUAAGUAAUCGUUUACAGUUUAAUACACUUUAGCCUCUUAAUUAGAAGUCUUAAAAAUAAUGACCAAAGUUAGAAGAAUUACUAACAUUAUUUUUAGAAAAUUGUAUUGUGUGUUUCGAUUCACUGUGCCGGGCGCUGGGUGCACGCCAACAGAUAUGAAGUCGGGCGGUUAAAGGGUUAAUCUAGAUUCGUUUGCAUAACACAGAGCAGAACUAUUAACAAAUCGCACGGAAUAUAUAAUUUUAAGGUUUGUUUAUCUUUACCCUCCUUCGAUUGGAAUAGGGUAUAUGUAUAUAUUUUUUCUUAAUAAAGGUGUAAUUAUUUUCAAUGAUAACCGAAGCUUUUAUAAAAAAACCCGAAACGGUGUUUUCUAUAAAAAAUUUGUAUAACUUUAUUUUAAUCAAAAAUAAAAAUGUCCAAGUUGUUGCAUUUUUAUCUUUUUAAUAAACGUGAAAUAAAUUGAGGAAUGUAGUGUCUUUGAUGGCUAUGGUUUAAAAUUGUAGCACAAAUUAGUCGACUUGGUAUUUAUAUGAUAUUUCAUUAUGUACAUGUUUAAAAAACCGACACGCCUUUAACACAUUUUGUAAUUUGGAACCAAAAGUUACCCACUUAAGCCAUAUUACGUUUCCAAUCUGGAUCUAGCCUAUACGAUAAAUUCGAUGUUGACGUUUUGUUUCGAAGAAGUUGGAGAGGAAAUUUUUUUUCAAUCAUUUUCUCAUUUUGCAGACAUUAUUAAUAGUGUAGUUAUUAAUAAUGUGCCAUAUGAAACAUUUAGAGCCGCGUCUGCCACCAUGGUAGCGCUGCAUUAUUAAUUGAUAGAGCUUCAAAUUUAGCGGUAAUGUAUAUUUAAAAAACGAUGAAAAUUGACUUUUGUAGUCAUUUUUUUUUAUUUUUUAUUUCAAUAUCUACACUUGAAAUACACAAUUUGUCAGACCCGAAUCGUUUUAUUAAUUACAUUAUGAAGGAUCUGAGAAUAAAUAUGUGUCUGUCAAUUGAUAGUGCUUCAAACGUGUUAAAAAAAUAUGUUUAACACCAAGCUUUUUAGACGCUCAUCCACACGUACCGUUCUUCGCAGAAGCGCCUCAGAACACUAAGGGGGGGGGGGGGCUUUCGUUGUUCUGACAAAACACUCAAAUCUACUGAAAGUUCCCCGUGUCCAUAUCCGCAAGAAAGUCCAAGGAUAGAAAGCGCGCGAGGACGGUUGCCACCUAGUACACGUAGGAUAUCGUGUGAUAUCUCUGCUCAUAACGAGGAUUCGUUAUAAGCAGAGUUUUAUUCCUUUUUGUAAUCUGAACUUUAUUAAUAGAUAAAGAUAUAAAACAUAAGCUAAUCAUAUACCUAAAUACUCGCCAGCUCCCUGUUCACUAGGGGAAAGCAUUUUUACUUAUGUAUUCUCCUUUGAUGCGUUUGGUUCCAAAUGAGGCGUUUUGGUUCUAAUUUAUAUGUAUGUAUAUUGGUAUAGACUAAUACCUUUUUAGAGUAUACUUUUGUAAACCAAUUAAGGUUGACAAAGUGUUAAAAACAUUAUUUGUCUCUAUAAUUACCGUAAGUAAGUCUAAGCUUAUAUAAAAAUCUCUUCGGAAUCACAGGUUAUAGUUCUGUCAGUUUUUAUCUAAUAAAUGUCUUGGUGUCA